AAAAGCCCGAGAGAAAGACACAAGAUGAGGGAGAUAGUUCACAUCCAGGCUGGACAGUGCGGGAACCAGAUCGGGACCAAGUUCUGGGAAGUGAUCAGCGAUGAACACGGCAUCGACCCGACAGGAAACUAUGUGGGUGACUCACCUCUUCAGCUGGACCGAGUGAACGUCUACUACAAUGAGGCAUCCUCACAUAAAUACGUCCCCCGAUCAAUAUUGGUCGACUUGGAGCCAGGAACCAUGGACAGCGUUCGUUCAGGAGCCUUCGGACAACUCUUCAGACCAGACAACUUCAUCUUUGGUCAGACAGGUGCGGGGAACAACUGGGCCAAAGGUCACUACACGGAGGGGGCGGAGCUCGUAGACUCGGUCCUGGACAUAGUGAGGAAGGAGUGCGAACACUGUGACUGUCUCCAGGGUUUCCAGCUGACUCACUCUCUGGGAGGAGGCACCGGCUCGGGCAUGGGCACCCUGCUGAUCAGCAAAAUCCGGGAGGAGUACCCUGAUCGGAUCAUGAACACCUUCAGUGUCAUGCCCUCACCAAAGGUGUCGGACACCGUGGUGGAGCCCUACAACGCUACCUUGUCAGUCCAUCAGCUGGUCGAAAACACAGAUGAGACCUACUGCAUCGACAACGAAGCUCUUUACGACAUCUGCUUUCGCACUCUCAAACUAACCACUCCCACCUACGGCGACCUCAACCACCUGGUGUCGGCUACCAUGAGCGGCGUGACGACCUCGCUGCGGUUCCCUGGACAGCUCAAUGCAGAUCUCCGCAAGCUGGCUGUCAACAUGGUGCCUUUCCCCAGACUCCACUUCUUCAUGCCAGGGUUCGCUCCUCUGACAGCGAGGGGAAGCCAGCAGUACCGAGCGCUCACUGUUCCUGAGCUCACCCAGCAGAUGUUCGAUGCCAGAAACAUGAUGGCGGCCUGCGACCCACGACACGGACGCUACCUGACUGUAGCUACCGUCUUCCGCGGGCCCAUGUCCAUGAAGGAGGUGGACGAGCAGAUGCUGAACGUCCAGAACAAGAACAGCAGCUACUUUGUGGAGUGGAUCCCCAACAACGUCAAAGUGGCUGUCUGUGAUAUUGCUCCUCGUGGGCUCAAGAUGGCGGCCACCUUCAUUGGCAACAGCACGGCCAUCCAGGAGCUGUUCAAGCGGAUCUCUGAGCAGUUCUCCGCCAUGUUCCGCAGAAAGGCCUUCCUGCAUUGGUUCACGGGCGAGGGGAUGGAUGAGAUGGAGUUCACGGAGGCAGAGAGCAACAUGAAUGACCUGGUGUCCGAGUACCAGCAGUACCAGGAGGCCACCGCCAACGACGGCGAGGAGAACUUUGAGGACGAAGAGGACGAGAUCAACGAGUAAGGAGACCAAACAUGACUGGUAAAGCUCUGAGAGAACACUGGUAGAGCGAUCA